AUGCCCUCGAGCGUGGCCUACUCCGAAACCAGGACCCUGAGCGACGCUGGCCGCGCCCUCGCCCGACUGGGCCAAGACAGCGCUGCUCCAGACGCCGACCAGGGUCGGCCGCGGAACGACGAUAUCUUCCUGAACAUCGCCAGGUCCGACUCGACCCGUCGCGAGUCGCUGGGUCGGUCGGAUUUCAGACGCUCGCGACUCGGAUACUCAGGUCAAAGUCUACGGACACCGACUACUACUACUACUCCUCGCCGCGACGAAGAGCAGACUCCUUCCCCUGAUCAACGCCUCACCAAUGCCGACAGCCCCUUGCUUUCGCAGAAUGGUUCUCCAACCAUUCCAUACAGUUCUUUCGCACAUUCCUCAGCAUCCGCUCACCCACUAGAUGAUCCAAAUCGCUUCCGAUACUCGAGCUUAGCCUCCGGUCCGCGGUCUACCAUCGGUGUACCGCGCAGCCGACUCAGUCGCACGAGCCCAGAUGCCUCUCCGCAAUCCCCCUCGGUUAACGGAGAACGUCGAUCGUCCAUCCAUGAUCCGCACCUGUUUCGCCAUUCAGGCCUGUCGACUAUUCGUAGCAGUCGCCAAGCGUCCGGCUCCGAAGUGACAGAGCGAGCUCGGGUGGAUGGAGAAAGAUCUCGUGCAGAUGGAACCGAGUCUACAUUAUCAACGACCGCGCCAUCUACAGUCUGGGACGAGCUGGAAGACCUCAAGUCUCGCAUUCGAAAGCUAGAGAUUACAGGGAAACUUCCUCCAUCGUCCCAAGCGGCGAUCUCCGGCGCAUCCCAUGAGAGACCGCGCACUGCGACCACCACCGUGACCACGUUGUCCUCCUCGCCCAAACACGGGCGCAAAAUCAGCACUCCAACAGACGCCGAAAAUGGCUCGGCUCAGAACCAAGUGCAUCCACUUCUGCAGUCUGCGUUGGCAAAGGCCAAGAGCAUCCUCAGCACCGACGUGUACGCGGCCCUGGAGGCGACGAUCACUGACGCUCUAAAUCUUUCCGGGAUAUUGGGUGCCAACACAGCUCCAUCAGGCAGUGUCUCAGUUGUGAAUGGUGGUGGAUACAGCUCAUCAGAAAGACAGGCCAGACGCAAAGCGGAUAGCUUGUGUCGCAGUUUGACGGAGCUCUGUCUGGCCUUGUCGGAUGAGCAGCUCAAGAGGAACCGCUCGCCUGUCACAAGUCGUGACGGACCGGCACAGGUCCAGCCGUCAAAUAGCCCCGAAAGCCCUCAGGUGCCUCCGACGCCUUCGUACCAAUCGUCAUAUCAACGAAGUGCUAGCCACGAACCAGAAGGGGCUGCGUCUGAACGACAUCCGACCACCGCCCGCAUCUCCCGUCGCUUCGAAUCACGCAGAGCAUCUUUGGCCUUUCCAAGUACCCUUUCCAGCACCGAAACUGCAUCGGAGACAAAGACGCCUCAAACUCCCAGCAUCCCGCCUACCCCGACUAGCCGUCUUCAUCGCAUCUCUACCUCUCUCCGCAACCGCAGAGUGCACGCCGAAGAGGAGAGCCAAGAGACCACAAGUCCCCAUUCCCGCUCACUCUCAAGGGCUAUGACCGAAAUUGGCUCACCCAAUGCCGCCCCAAGCACAUCCCCACGGCAGCAGCGCUACUCUCAUGGCCAUUCAGUCUCCCGCUCCAUCUCCAGCGCACAGCACAGUCAGGGCUUCGGCUUGUCUUCUCCUCAGUAUCCUCAGUAUCAACCACCACAACAGUCUCCAGCUCAGCCCCAAUCAUCACUGCCUCGCACCCCUUCCACCAUCUCCCAGUCCGGACUGCCACACCGUCGCAGCUACGCACCUCCGCCUGCGUCUUACACCCCAGCGACAUCCCGCUCCAACAUCCAAGCUGGAUCCCGCCGAUACGGUGUAUCGCCUGGUUAUUCCCCAGCACAGGGGUCUGGCGGAGAAGACAGUCCCAAUUAUCCCCAACCAGAGGCCCCGCAAACCCGCAUAUCCGCCCCAUCAAGCAAGAUGGCAUCCAGCUACACGCCCAUCCAACAACCUCGAAUCCGGACCAACAGUCUAGGCGCGCGGCGAUUCGGUCUCAAAUACCGGUCCCCUGCUGCACCGGAUGAUGCAGGGAAGAAUCUAGACGAUAGCAUUGAUUAA